GUCGCCAUUUGCAAUUCAUUUCGCUUGUAUUUCGCUUAACUACAUUUUCUGCUGUGUAUUUAUUGAAGAAUUCACCGAUAGUGAAGAAAAGUUCUUUUUCUUAAUUUGAUGGUCAUACAUAUUUGAACGAAAUAUAUUUUAAUUGAUAGUUAAAGUGCUACAUAUUUGCUGUUGUCGAAUUUAACUCUUGAAAAAUCUUUCAGAGCCUUCUAAGGUUACAAGGGCUUUAGUACCGAAUAGGCAAUUUACAGUUCUUGCUUCAAUUAUGACUAAAAAAAUGAAAAUGAAGCGAGAAAAUAACGAUGAUGGCCCACAUGCCGACAAACGUAGCCGUCGCAAUGACGACCAAAUUCGUAUCCUAAUCCCCAGUAAUAUUGCCGGUGCAGUUAUCGGAAAAGGAGGACAGCAUAUCCAGAAAAUGCGCACUCAGUAUAAAGCCACUGUAUCUGUCGACGACUCUCAAGGCCCCGAACGCACCAUACUGAUAUCAUCAGAUCUGGAUUCGACUUUGCAGAUUGUAUCGGAGAUGUUGAAAUAUUUUGAAGAGCGUGAUGAUGAGGUUGACGUGCGUCUUUUGAUUCAUCAAAGUCUUGCCGGAUGUGUUAUCGGGAAAGGUGGACAAAAAAUCAAGGAAAUAAGAGAUAAAAUUGGUUGUCGCAUCUUGAAAGUCUUCUCAAAUGUUGCACCACAAAGCACAGACCGUGUAGUGCAAACCGUUGGCAAGCAAUCCCAGGUGGUUGAUGCCAUACGAGAGGUGAUCACAUUGACACGAGAGACUCCCAUCAAGGGACCUGUUCAUAACUAUGAUCCUACCAAUUUUGAUCGUAUGUACGCCGAUGAAUAUGGCGGCUAUGGUUCCGGUGGUAGUGGUGGUGGUGGCAAUGGCGGCAAUAAUCGCCAAUCACGUGGUGGUCGUGGUGGCGGCGGCGGCGGUGGUGGUAAUGGAGGUGGCGGCAAUUUUGGUAACGACCGAGGUGGACGCAACGAUCGCAGUCGCAGUGGUGGCCGACGUGAUAAUCCGUUUAUAAAUCCCUGGGCUAACGAUGAUGGCUUUGGUGGUAAUAAUGGUGGUGGAAACUUCGGAGGCGGCAACUUUGGUGGCGGAUUCGGUGGAGGCAAUUUCGGCGGCAAUGGUGGUGGUGGAUUCGGUGGAAAUAAUGGUGGUCCAUCUGGUAAUAACUUUGGAGGUAACGGCGGUGGUUUCGGACCAGGUAACCAAGGAAACUUCGGCGGAGGAAAUCCGGGCGGCGGUUUCGGUGGCAAUCAAAUGAACAGUGGUGGCAACUUUGGCGGCGGCAUGAACCAAGGUGGUGGAUUUGGUGGUCCAAACAACAACAAUGGUAUGGGAUCUGGUGGUGGUAUGGGAUCAGGUGGGGUCGGAGGUUUUGGACCAGGACCUGCUAACAAUGGUCCUAAUGGUGGCAAUUCUGGAAAUCUUCCAAAUGGACAUGAUCCGAAAAAUAGUACGCAGGUUACAAUUCCGAAAGAUCUGGCUGGUGCUAUUAUUGGCAAAGGAGGUGGCCGUAUUCGACGCAUUCGCAAUGAGUCUGGUGCAUACAUAACUAUUGAUGAGCCACUUCCGGGAUCUACAGAUCGUAUCAUUACCAUUUCUGGUAAUCCUAAACAAAUCCAAAUGGCCCAGUAUCUAUUACAACAGAGGUUGGUGUCGAACACAUCUUAAAAUGUUCACGAAAACAACGGGCGGCGAAACUUCUAAGUCAAAUGUCGCCAACAUGAGGAUGUCAGUAAACGUAUGUUAUUGGCUAAAGGAUUUAUAUGCAACAAAAAAAAAAAAUAAUAAUUUUAAGACUUACAAGCUCCUUAAUUUUCAAUCGUUCACACUUUGAAUAUAAAUAAUAAUUUUCGUUUUUAAAUGAAACUAAACGAACAAUUAAAAAGACCAAAAAGAACUUAUUAUGUACUAAAAUAAGAGCUGACUUUAUUUUCAGAAAUUCCCACCAGUAAUUUUCUUAAUUAUUGUUUAUUUACUAAGACCAUAUAACUUUGAAAUGGAUACAAGAUAGAUUAUACUAUCAUCGUCUCUGUUAGAAUGUAUGAGAUCUUGAAACCAUUUAACUUUAAUUCAUUAGUAAAUUUUCUGGUUUGAAUGUAGUGUUUCCUAUGGACGAUGAAAUGAAACUUUAUGACAUAUUUUACAAUGGUUUUGAGGUCUAUUACAGUCUGGCUGGUGCGUACGGUUUAUCCGUGGUAAACUGGAAUGACAGCAAAUUGUGGAAACUACCAAAUAGAUUAAAAGCUAACUGCACUAGUUGUAAGGACUACUAAAACACAUAUAAGAGUUUACGUAGUUUUUAGCAGUUUCGUUUGUGGAAACAUGCGCGUAAAAACAACAAUUUACUAACAAUAUUAUAAACAAUGUAAUUGUACCAAUAUUAUUCAAAAAAUCAUUACAUGAGGCAAUCGCUAAAUUUUUGGUCUUCUAUUUUUCUUAUUGCUGUAGUAGUAUAUAUACGGAUUGGAAAAAAUAUAAUAAAAAUAGAUGUAU